AUGAAACGCACUUGGAGUUUUUCUCUUUUUAUAUUUUUCCUGAAUUUUUACGUGCUCCACUAUAGCGUUGCAAACAAUGAAAUAAAAGAACCCGAAAAACCUAACAUUAGGAUCCCGCCUCCACCUCAUGGUAACAAUAAUGCUCCUGCGAACAGCGGCAGUGGUGGCAACAACUCCCAGAAUAACCAAAAUAAGCACAAUGCGAAUAAAGAAAAAACAGGAGGACCGAAGCAUCAAGGACCAGGUGUCCCCGCGCAAGGAAAAAAUGAAGAUGACAAAAAUCAAAUAGAAAAUAUAGUGGAAGAAACAGAGCUAAUCGCUGAAGAGGUACAAAUGUUAGCGGACUUGGCAUCCACAGCUUCCCAAAAGGUAAUAGCAUUUUUGGGCGACCAUGUAGAGGGGAAAAUAACAUCAGAGUCAAAGGUGGAUGCCAUUCUCACAGCGAGAGACGCAGAAAGGGCAAGGAAAGAUGCGAUAGACGCCGCCGAGAAAGCCAACAAGGCCCAAACUGUAACAGAGGCAAAGGAAGCAAAGGCUCAAGCGGAACAUGCUAAGAAAUUAACAGAAUUUGCCGCCACACUAGUAAAAGAAAGCGCAGUACGAGCACUGAAAGAAGGCAGACAACAUGCCCAAGCAUCCGAGGUGGAAAAAAUGAAAAUCCCAAUUCCAGAACAGUCCAAGCCAAAAAAGGAGGAUUUGAAAAAACUGCAUAAAAACAGACAAGCACAAACGACAGCAGCAAAACUUGAAGCAACGCCUCCCGCAAACGGAGCGACUUCGGCGGAGAAAGCCACGGAAUUGCCAAACAAGCAAGGGACAAAGGCAGCUGCAGCUCCCGCAGCAGGAAACAAGUCCAAUGCUCUCUACGAAGAAAAAAGCUUAAAGGAAGGAAUUGAAGAAGAGGCAGAACAGGACAAAGAACAAAAACAGGAGCCUGAAAACGAAAGUCCUCAACAGACACAAACGAAUGUAUUUUACAAUGUGAUGCAAUUUUUUGUAAGUAAAUUUAAGGCGCUUAUCAAUUUUUUCCAUCUCUGGUAG